GGCGCGGUCCAGCACAGCGGUGCAGCUAGCAGUUCUCCCAGCGCGGUCCGACACGCAGCUGCGGCUGUCGGACACGCGGUGGGAGCGGUCCUGAAGGCCGCCGCUGGGCAUUGCAGAGAGAGAGAGAGGAGCACUUGCUGGCAUUGACCUCCCUUGGGUACGGUGUCUGAGGAGAGGAAAAGCACAAUUCCUUCAAGAUGCCAAUGAAGAAGCACAGGAGAAAAGACCCUGAAAGUUCCCAGGAACCUUCAGAGAAGACCAAAGGGCAGCUGGUUGAGGGGGAGCUUCGGAAGCUGAGGCAGCAGUUCCGGAAGAUGGUGGACAGUCGGAAGUCCUUUAACUUCCGCUCCCAGCAGAAGAUCACGAACCAGCACAAGGAAAUCAAGACCUUGCAGGAGGAGCAGGAUGAGAUCACCCUGCUUUUGAAUCUCAUCAAGUCCUCCAGGAACCUGGAUCUCAAUGAGAAAAACUACCUGGAACUGCGUUUCCUGCUGCAAACUAAGGAGGACUACGAGGCCCUGAUUAAAUCAAUGAAACUGCUGUUGGCUGAACUGGAUGAGAAGAUUGUUCAGAUGGAGAAAAAAAUUGUAAACCAAAGACAGAUUUUCACAAAAAUACAGGAGGCCAAUAACCCCCGGAAAUUGCAAAAACAGAUCCACAUUUUGGAAACCCGUUUGAAUCUUGUCACUGUACACUUUGACCAGAUGCUGACCACCAACGCAAAGCUCCGGAAGGAGAUCGAGGAACUGAGGCAUGAGAAGGCUGCUUACGACAACGUCUACCAGCAUCUUUGUCGGCGCCUGUUGAUGCAGAAGAAGACAAUGAAUGUGGCCAUCGAGCAGUCUGCCCAGGCCUACGAGCAGAGGCUGGAAGCCAUGGCUCGAAUGGCUGCCAUGAAGGACCGCCAGCAGAAGGACAUCUCUCAGUACAACCUGGAGAUCCGAGAGCUGGAGCGUGUCUACGAUCAUGAAACCAAGCUCAAAUCCUUCUUGCUCAUCAAGCUGAAUGAUCGUCUUGAAUUCGAGGAGCAGUCCAAAAAGGAAGAAGCUCUCAAGGCAAAGAAGUAUGGGAAGAAGAGCAAGGGUGAGAGUUUUGAGAGCUACGAGGUGGCUCACCUCCGGCUGCUGAAACUGACAAAGACUGGGAACCUGAAUCAACUCAUCGAGGAGUUUCUGGCCAAGGAGGAGAAGAACUUUGCUCGGUUCACGUAUGUCACGGAGCUCAACAAUGACAUGGAGAUGAUGCACAAGAAGAUCGAGAGAAUCCAGAAUGAGAUCAUGCGCUUGCGAUCCCAGCAGAAAUCAUCCCAUGAAGACAACCACGCCAUCCUGAGAGAGCUGGAGGAGAAACUAAAGAAGACCACGGAGGAGGCAGACAUGUACGAGAACAACUACAAGGAGAUCACCAAGACCCUGGAGUAUCUCAAGAACUCAGUGGAGAAUCUGUUUAAGAAGAUAAACUGUGAUGCUACCAAGAUCCUGGUGCAGUUAGGGGAGACGGGGAAAGUCACGGAUAUCAACCUCCCGCAGUACUUUGCCAUCAUUGAGAAGAAGACCAAUGACUUGCUGGUGUUAGAAUCCUACAAGCGGCUUAUGGAAAUGGAAGUGGCAGAGGCGGAGGUCCAGCCAUCCUUCCUCAACCCCUUCUGGGGCGGCUCCGCCCUCCUCAAGCCUGUAGAACCCAUCAAGGUCGUCCCCCCAGUGUUCGGGGCUGACCCCUUUAGCGACAAGUUGGAUGAAGUGGAGCAGCCCCUGGACCACAGCAGCCUUCGGCAAAUGGCGCUCAGUCACUACACCGCAAGAGAGUCUCGGAACAGGGACAGCACGCCCGAAAAGGGGGAGGAGCUGAAGUCCAAGAAGAAGGCGACAGCCUGAGGCGGCUCUGGCCAUUUGUACAUAACUAGAGAGAGUAAAUGUUUUGUUCUCUAACC